GUCGUGUCGACUUGAUUUUCUGUACGUCUUGAAAGAAAUAAAGUUAGAAAGCAGUAAAGGCUUUGUUUGUUGUCAAUAUGUCUGCAGAGGUGAAGAAUAAUGUUAACGAUCCACGAAGAUCUAAUAAAAUAACAAGGUAUAAGGCUCCAGCACAAGGAGCUCCAGCAGAUGAUCCAACACCAGAUUAUAUGAAUUUGUUAGGAAUGAUAUUUAGUAUGUGUGGAUUAAUGAUGAAGUUAAAGUGGUGUGCAUGGGUGGCAGUGUACUGUUCAUUCAUUAGUUUUGCAAAUUCAAGAACCUCUGAAGAUACCAAACAAAUGCUAAGUAGUUUUAUGCUAUCUAUAUCGGCAGUUGUUAUGUCCUAUUUACAAAACCCACAACCAAUGCAGCCACCAUGGUAAUCAUCAAUACCUAUACACCAUUAAAUUAUCAUAAAUCAAAUGUGUUGUAAAUAUUUUAUUCUUCCAUUUUUACCAGUAAAACUGUAUGGGUUGGACAAUUUUAGUGAAUGACUGAAUGGAUGUUGUGAUGAAGAAUCUUUGUGAAAUAUAAUGUCCUUGUGUGGAAUGAAUGAAUUAUUAUGAAUUGUAUAUUCUCUUGUAAAAUAUUUUUAAACUAUAGAUAAUAAACUGUUUUAAUGUCAAUUA